AUGGAAGCAACUUUAUGCUAGAUAUUAGCUGAGAAUUACACUUAGGAAACAAACAAAUACUCAACAAUUAUUGUUUUCUAAAGAUAUAGUUCUGAUAAAAAAUGCAUGUUUUUUAUUGGUUAUGAUUCCAAUUCAUUUAUUAUUAUUUAACAGCAACACUACUAAGUAGAUGAGAUGGAUACAAACUUAGAUAUAUAUUUCAAGAGAGUUUAUGACUUCUUAUAUUUAAUCCUUUUUCAAAAGAAGGAAGUGACAAUCCACUUCAUAAAUAUUUUAAUAAUAAAAGAUUUCGAUCAUUUCUAUCAAUUAUUUGAUCUUGAAGGUCCUUUCCCAAAGAGCAAAAUCAUAGUUUGGAUUGAGCAUUAACAACAACUUGACAUACGAAAAUAAUAUUUAUCAAUCUAAAUCUCCUUCAAUUAUAGUGCACUAAUAAAGAUUUAAUUUAAUUUGUUAAUAAAAGAUUUAGGAGCCUACAAAUAGUUCGCAAUCAAAUAAAUUAGUCAAAUGCAAGAGAGUCACUAACAGUUCCUAUAAUAAUUUGAGAACUGCUUAGAACAAGUUAAGGCCUUUAAGUUUUUGACUUUAAUUAAAGAAAUAACUUUUCUUAAGGAAAUACCAGAUUAAAUAGAGUAUUUUGCAUAAAUAUUAAUGAAUCUACCUCGUUAUACAAGUUUAGAUGCAGUUGUAAUAAUAGCUAAACUUAAGUUAUAUAAAUAAAAAGCAAAUUUUAAUAGGACAAAUAAUUAAUAAAAGUUAAAAAUUAACGAAUACUUGGAAAUAACCUAAACUGAUUUAAGGAUAUUUAAAGAACUAAAGUAUUGUCAUUUCCCAAAGAGAGGAGAUAAUAGUUAAAAGUGUAAAGUUUGUUAAAAGAAUAGCGAUAAGGUUAGAAAAUCCAGUUUUGUUUGUGAAGCGUGUAAACUUCAUUAUAAAAUAAAUGUAACCCUUUGUACAACAAAAUGCUUUAAACUAUUUCAUUUAAAUCCUGAAAAGUAUUUACGCAGAAAAAAUAGAUCAAAAAACACAAAAGUUGAAGAAUGA